AUGUCUUACUACCAAACUUCCCGGCAGUUGUCCGGGUUCUACGGCGACCUUGCCUCGACCGGCGCCGGCCAAAUACCAAUGCCGUCAUACGACCCAUACGCCGUGAGCGCAGUACCUCCUCUUCAGAUUCCGACAACCGGCACCGCGAUGGGUGGUCCUGUGGGCGGGCCCAUGCCGACACAACACCGGGCAUCAUCGGGCGCGUGGAACCAGGAGGAUGACAGGACGCUGUUGGCGCUGCGGGCAAUGGGCAAGAACUGGAACCAGAUCCAAAGGGAGGCUUUUCCGGGCAAGACGGGCAACGCCUGCCGGAAGCGUCACGAGCGGCUGAUGGAGCGCCGCGGCCAAAACGACUUUGACAAUCGCAAACUUGAGCGGCUAUGCAAGGAGUACAUGAGCAUGCGCAAGGAGAUCUGGCAGCCGCUCGCCUCCCGGUGCGGCGAAAAGUGGAACGUUGUCGAGAUGCAGUGCAUGUCCAACGGCCUGAAGAACAUCCAAUCCCACGCCAGGGCGUACGCGAGGCGUGAGCGGCUCGAAUCCGGGCAGCCCCUGACGGGUUACGACGACGACAGCGGGCUGGGGGGGCUGACGCCCAUUGACGACGUGGAUGUGGACGUGGCGGACCAGAGCUACAGCAGUCCGGAGACGGGCGGGCCGCAAUCGACGCCCGGGGCCAGCUCCGGGUCUGGGUCCGGGUCCGGGUCGGCUUACCUGUCCCAGCACCACCACCAUCAGCAACACCAGCACCACCACGGCCACCAGGCUGUCUAUGCGGCGGCAGCGGCCUACGGCGGUUAUGCCCCGCACCAUCAUCAACAGCACCACCACCACCAUGGUCAUGGCUAUAGCAACAGCGUCUCGAGCACGGGAACGGCGCCCGGCGCGGGCUACGGCCAGGGUGCCGGCGGUUCGUCUAGCGCCAGCACCAGCCCGUACCUUGGGCACGGGAAUCGCCUGCCUAGCGUGGGCGAUAUGGGCAUCGACGGGCUGCUGAACCGGGGGCCGGGCGGGGCGGGCAGCGGGCAAUUAUAG